AUGCAGGUCUCUCAGAUCAUUGCCGCCGCCGCACUCUUUGCCGGAUCGGCCGUUGCCACUCCUAAGCCUGCUGCUUCCACCCCCAAGCCCAUUGAAGCUCCCAAUGGCAACUUUACCGAUGAGAUGCUCAAGGGACACCACUUCUAUCGCUCGCAGCACAGCGCCAAAGACCUCAAGUGGAGCACCAAGCUGGCUGGCCUAGCGCAGAAGAAGAUCAACUCUUGCAAGUUCGAACACGAUGAUGAACCCUACGGCGAGAAUCUUGCGUACAACAGCGAAAAGACUUGGGCUAGCUUCAUCAACCAGUGGGGUGGUGAACGCACUCAGUAUGACUUCAACAGGCCUACUGGCUACUCCGACGACACCGGUCACUUCACACAGCUCGUCUGGAAGGAUACCACUUCUCUGGGCUGUGGCUACACCAAGUGCUCAUACGGUGUCUUGGUAAGCUGCUUCUACGAUCCCCAGGGCAACAUUGAGGGCGACAACAACAAGUACUUCAAGGACAACGUCGGCAAGCAGGUCUCUGGCAAGGCUACUGAUAAGUAUGUCUCGUCCUCUUAA